CAUUCUGGUUGGCGUGCGGGGCGGCGAGGCUUUCACUUCGCUUUUUAUCAUCUGUGAUUUCUUUCGCCCUUUUUGUGUCGCCGCCAAGGGCUCGUGGGUCAGGUCAUGUCAGUAAAAUUGACAUGCAGUCAGUUGUGAUUAGGAGUUUUUUCUCAACAUAACGCUAUCGAAAUGUCUGUCUUUACGUUAAGUGAAGAUGGUCAAGAAUUGAUAAGAAAGAACAACAGAAUUGGCCGAGGUGAGAAAGCACAGCUCUGAAUAGUGCCUGGUGUAUUAUGGCAACAGCACAUACACUCUAUCAAAGGAAAUUACAAGACAGGAACUCAGCAACGAAGAUAUGCUGUAAGUCAAGGAAUUAUUGAGGAAACAGGAAAGCUGUGUAAAUAUAUAUAAUUUUGUGUGGUAAUGUGCCUGAUGUGCCAUUAGGUAGGCUGUAGUACAGACAUCACAGAGUUGACAUCCUAAAUUGACUAGACUCUUUAGUGUUUAGAAUGUUUCCGAGGAGAAGCACACGAUUGUUAACUAUGGCCUGCUUUGCCAUUGCUUUGAUAUUAAUGUUGUAUAUGAUCUCAAGUUCAUCUGAAAGCUCUAAGAUGGAUGUGCCUGAACCAUUCUCAGCGAGGGCCCAGCAUCGGUCAGCUCUUGAUGAUUCUUCUGAUUUAUUAACACAAAGUCCAGAAAAUAUAAAGAAACAGAAGGAAUAUGAGAGCAAAAUCUUUGCCAAAAUCCAUAAGAUGACAGCAGAGAAAGAAAUGAGGCGAAAGAUGAAUCAUGAUCCCUUGGGUGUCGUACUCCACAAGAAGCCAAGUGCUUGGGAAGGUCCUGGCAAAGUGAUUGAGGAACAGAGUGCAGCAAUGGGCAGUGACAUGAAUGGAGAGAUGCACCUCAAACACAAGAUUGUUCACUUAGAUUUGAAGGGAGCACCUCCCAAGGUUGAGUACCUGAAGAAGCUUUUUCCACUCCUGAGCUCCUUUGGUGCAACUGGACUGCUUAUUGAAUAUGAGGAUAUGUUUCCAUAUUGGGGAAAGUUAGAGUCCCUUUCUGCGUAUAAUGCUUAUGCCAAAGGGGAUAUUGCAGACAUCCUUGAAGUUGCAAAGAAGAAUAAUCUUGAGGUGAUACCAUUAAUCCAAACCUUUGGCCACAUGGAAUAUGUGCUGAAGCUAAAAGAAUUUGCAGAUCUUCGAGAAGUUCCAAAUUAUCCUCAGGUUAUUUGUCCUACAAAUAAUGGAACAAUUCCACUGAUUAGAAUGAUGAUUGAUCAAAUUGUAGAAAUGCAUCCAGACCUCAACUGGCUACACAUUGGCUCAGAUGAAGUGUACAACCUUGGAGAGUGUUCCCGUUGCCAGCAUUUUCUCAUGAAUCAGCAGUUUGGCAAAAAUGACUUAUUUCUGCAUCAUGUUAAAAGUGUUGCCAGAUAUGUAAAGGAAACUCAUGAUAUUCAGCCCAUAAUGUGGGAUGAUGAAUUUCGUAAGGUUCCUUUGAGGGCAAUCCAGAAUGCUCAGGUUGGGCAACUGCUAGAGAUCAUGGUAUGGAAAUAUGGUGAUAAUAUAAUGGUUGACCUUCGUUCAGAUAUUUGGGAAAAAUAUUCAGCAGUCUUCAGUGGAAUUUGGGUAGCCAGUGCUUUUAAAGGUGCAACAAGACCAGAGAGUUACAUAACAAACAUUAAUGACCGUCUGACAAACCACAAAGAAUGGAUGGAAGUUCUAAGCAUGUAUAAGAGUACCAUUCCUUUCCGUGGUAUUGUGCUAACUGGAUGGCAGAGGUUUGAUCACUUUUCUAUAUUAUGUGAGCUUCUUCCUCAAGCAAUUCCAUCUCUUGCUGUUAAUCUCAUGUACAUUGCAGAGCAGAAAGCAGAUCACGGAGCUCUGGCACGUGUAGGAGAUGUACUAAAAUGCAGCUCAUUUCUGAAUCUUGAUCUUCAGUACCUGGAGAAUCCCAAUAAAUGUGAUUUUCCUGGAAGUGCAGUCUAUGAAGUGUCUCAGAGAUUGUAUAUUUUGAAAAAAGAAAUAGAUGUAAUGUUGCAUAAUUCUCAUGUAACUGGCUGGGUCACUGACUAUAACAUUGAAAAUAAUUUUGCCAGUCCGCAGCAUGUGGAGCAAGGUCUUCAAGAUUUGUCAAUGCUUUUGUUUGAUUACAACAAGCUGAUGAAAGAUGCUGAAACAGCCUUGUCAGAUGUAUUUGAUGAAUAUACAGUCAAAGAAUGGAUUUUCGUAAAUAUGAAUCCAACACUUGAGAAAUUGAAAAAGUUUUAUGCAUCAAGCACAAAGGCAAUGGAGAAAACAGACUGGCCUAGAAGACCUCUAAAGUUUGAACAAGCAAAGGAUCUUUAAAUUAAACUUAUCUUUUAAUUAAGAUACGGGAAUUGCAAAUAGAAAUGUUUUGCAUUUUGAAGACUGUGUUCAAGAGAACUUCCUACACAGAUGAUUGUGAUAUGAAGAAAUGUGUGCUCUUUUGUGCAAAUUGUAUUUGUUAAGAUUAUAGAAUCUCAAGAUUAUAUGUCAACCAACAGAAUUCACUGUUGAAUGAGUAAAUGCUAAUGAAAUGAUACAUUUCCAUUUUUUUCUUUUAUCAGUGUGUAUUUUCCUAUCAAGUCAGGAUUGAAGAUGACAAGUGCAUAGUCAGUUAACAGCAGCAACAAAAUAAGGGUGCUACUUGCUUAAAGAAAAUUGUGAUAUAUCUAAUUCAUACUAAUAGGGCUAUGCUAUCAAUGUUUUUGUAUGUAUCCUUUGUAUUCAUGGAAGAUAUUUAUCCUUUUGUGUCAAAACUCAGUUCCUUUUUUGUCAUU